AUGGGGAAGACAGCUGAAUCUCAUCUUGGUGGUACUAUUAACAAUGCUGGCAUAACUAUGCCAGCCUACUUCAACAAUUCCCAGCAUCAAGCUACCAAGAAUGCUAGUUUUAUUACUGAUUUUAACAUUUUCUAUAUCCUGAACAAGCUCAAUAUCAUCAUGAUUAUGCAUGACUUUAGAUUGAAUAUUGAGAUGUUGUAA